GGAAGUUUAAACCCAACAUAAAAGUAAACGCGAGUUGUUUUUCUCAAGCGGCGCUUGUGUAUUUUUAACGGCUUAUGAAGUAACCGCGUGUUUAUGGUAAUUAAGUUUUAAUAGUGUUAUAGUAAUAUCCCCACGCACCGGCAGAACAAAAUGUAUACAUCGCUGCUGAUUUGCGCUUUGACGUCACUGCUAACUCUGGGACAUGCAUCGUUACCUCUUGUGAUCAAUACUUGGCCAUUCAAGAAUGCAACUGCUGUAGCGUGGAGUGUCCUGCAGUCUGGUGGCUCAGUGUUGGACGCAGUGGAGAGAGGGUGCACCCGCUGUGAAAUGGAGCAGUGUGACGGCAGCGUAGGCUACGGCGGGAGCCCAGAUGAGUCUGGGGAGACCACGCUGGACGCAAUGAUUAUUAACGGUGAUACAAUGGAGGUGGGAGCAGUUGCAGACCUGAGAAGAAUCAAGAAUGCCAUCGGAGUUGCGAGAGCUGUGAUGGAGCACACUGACCACACAUUGCUAGUGGGGGAAUCAGCUUCAGUGUUUGCUGAAAGCAUGGGCUUCAUUGCGGAAGACCUGACUACCAACAAAUCUGUGAAUAUUUUCACACAGUGGCUGAAGGGCAGCUGCCAACCUAAUUAUCGAAAGAAUGUCAGUCCAGAUCCUUCCAAAUGCUGUGGACCGUACAGGCCGAAGGCAAUGCUGAAAUGGCGCAAGAGGGCACAGCAUGCUAACGUGCACGCCCACGACACUAUAGGGAUGAUCGCUCUUGAUCGUGAUGGCCGCGUGGCUGCCGGUACAUCAACCAAUGGACUAACUCACAAGGUUCCAGGUCGUGUUGGGGACUCUCCUAUUGUCGGAGCUGGAGCCUAUGCAGACAGCUUAGCUGGUGCUGCUGCUGCCACUGGAGAUGGAGAUGUUAUGAUGCGUUUUCUACCCAGUUACUUGGCCGUGGAGUUGAUGAGGGCCGGGGCCGAUCCCUCAGCAGCCUGCAAGUCGGCCAUUUCCAGAAUCAAGAGGCAUUACUCUGAGUUCUUUGGAGCUAUCAUAUGUGCUAACACAACAGGCCAUUAUGGUGCAGCCUGUAACAAAGUCCCUGGCUUCACUCAGUUCCACUUCAUGGUGGCAAACUCCCAGACAAACACGCCGAUCCUAAAAUCUGUCGAUUGCUUUUGAAAGAUGUAUAACUGUAUAUGCAUAUCUUUUAAAUUAACAGCAUCCAUGCAAGUUCAUGAUAAUUU